UAGGAGCGACUCCUUAAGAAAAAGUCCUCCAGUCUGGACUCCGCGCUCGCCAGUCGCAGGGAGCCCUCGGAGCCGCCACCAUGGGGACGUCCAAAUCAUAUAAUUGCUGUGGUUAUCCCAUGAGCAUCUUCUUCAUCGUGAUCAAUGAGUUCUGCGAAAGAUUUUCCUACUAUGGCAUGAGAGCGCUCCUGAUUCUGUACUUCACGCAGUUCUUUGGAUGGGACGACAAUCUGUCCACCGCCAUCUACCACACGUUUGUGGCCCUCUGCUACCUGACUCCAAUUCUCGGUGCUCUCAUUGCUGACUCCUGGCUGGGAAAAUUCUCGACCAUUGUGUCACUAUCCAUUGUCUACACAAUCGGGCAGGCGGUCACCGCAAUAAGCUCCAUUAAUGACCUCUCAGACUUCGACCACGAUGGAAAACCUAACAACCUUCCUUUACAUGUGUCGCUGUCCAUGAUCGGCCUGGCCCUGAUAGCGCUCGGGACCGGAGGAAUCAAGCCCUGUGUGUCUGCCUUUGGUGGAGAUCAGUUUGAAGAGGGCCAGGAAAAACAGAGAAACCGAUUUUUUUCCAUCUUUUAUUUGGCCAUCAAUGCUGGAAGUCUGCUUUCUACUAUCAUCACUCCCAUUCUCAGAGUUCAAGAAUGUGGAAUUCACCAUGUGCAAGCUUGUUACCCACUGGCGUUUGGGGUUCCUGCUGCUCUCAUGGCCGUUGCUCUGAUUGUAUUUGUCAUUGGCAGUAGCAUGUACAAGAAGUUCCAGCCCCAGGGGAACAUCAUGGCUGAAGUCGCCAAGUGCAUUGGGUUUGCCAUCAAAAAUAGGUUUAGGCACCGGAGUAAGGAAUUUCCGAAAAGGGAGCACUGGCUGGACUGGGCGCAGGAGAAGUACGAUGAGCGGCUAAUCUCUCAGAUUAAGAUGGUUACCAAGGUGAUGUUCCUGUAUAUUCCACUCCCCAUGUUCUGGGCCUUGUUCGAUCAGCAGGGCUCAAGGUGGACACUACAAGCAACAACCAUGAAUGGGAAAAUUGGAGUUAUUGAAAUUCAACCAGAUCAGAUGCAGACUGUGAAUGCCAUCUUGAUUGUUGUCAUGGUCCCCAUCGUAGAUGCUGUGGUGUAUCCUCUGAUUGCACGAUGUGGUUUCAAUUUCACCGCCUUGAAGAAGAUGACAGUCGGAAUGUUCCUGGCUUCCAUGGCGUUUGUGGUGGCUGCAAUUGUGCAGGUGGAAAUUGAUAAAACUCUUCCAGUCUUCCCCAAAGGAAACCAAGUCCAAAUUAAAGUAUUGAAUAUAGGAAGUAAUAACAUGACAAUACAUUUCCCUCAAGAGACGGUGCACGUUGCUCAAGUGUCUGAAUUACAGAAAGCGGAAUUUAGGACUUUUGAUUUGGACACACUGACAAGUAUAAACAUUUCUUCCCCUGGAUCAUCAGUCACUCCAGUAACUCCUGACUUUCAGGAGGGUCAUCGCCAUACCCUUCUAGUGUGGGCCCCCAAUAAUUACCGAGUGGUAAAGGAUGGCCUUAACCAGAAGCCAAAAAAAGGGCAAAAUGGAAUGAGAUUUGUAAAUGCUUUUGGUAGGAGCCUCAACAUCACAGUGGAUGGCACACUGUAUGACAUUGUUACCAGUUACAAUGCCAGCGAAUACCAGUUUUUUCCUUCUGGCGUGAAAAACAUCACACUAAUCUCAGGAGAGAUUCCAGAACACUGCAAUAAAACUUUUGCCUCAUCCAACCUUGGGUUUGGUAGUGCAUAUACCUAUGUCAUCUUCCAGAAGGGUGAUGGCUGCCCUACACUGGAAACAUCUGAAGAUAUUCCACCCAACACAGUUAACAUGGCCCUGCAAAUCCCACAGUAUUUCCUCAUGACCUGCGGCGAGGUGGUUUUCUCGGUCACAGGAUUGGAGUUCUCAUAUUCUCAGGCUCCUUCCAACAUGAAGUCGGUGCUGCAAGCAGGAUGGCUGUUGACAGUGGCCAUUGGUAACAUCAUUGUGCUCAUCGUAGCAGGAGCAGGCCAGUUCGAUGAACAGUGGGCCGAGUAUGUUCUGUUUGCUUCGUUGCUCCUGGUUGUCUGCAUAGUCUUUGCUAUCAUGGCUCGAUUCUACACGUACGUCAAUCCAGCAGAGAUUGAAGCUCAGUUUGAUCAGGAUGAGAAAAAGAAGCAGCCAGAAAACCUAUCUUACACAACGGACCGCGUCUUGCAGACACAGAUGUGAACAUCAGGAAGCCAGUGGAGGAUGGGUUGGGCCCAGAGCAGGCCCUGACUUCUGUCUCCAGGUGGCAGGACACUGUUGAAUGGCCCCAGAUGGGGAAGACCUCAGCGUUGUGAACCAAACCAGGAAAGCAAUUUUCUAAGCAGCCAUCAGUGAGCCUAAGACUCUGGAUGAAGUCUUUUUUUUUAAUUUUUAUUAAGAGAAGUCUUAUUUAAGGUACCCAUGUGUGUGCAAACACUCUUUUACAACACUGAGAACAUGCCCUGCAUUCAACUCUUUUCCUAUCACACAAAUGAAGUUAUUUUGGACUAACUUAAUUUUUUGAAAGGGUGACAAAGUUCCAUGUUGUUUGCGUUCUAACACUGCAUGAAAACAAUGUGAAACGAGGCCAGAGACAAUGUGAAAGUGAAUUUAUAGGCUUAAGGAUGGUAUAUAAUAAGCUAAUAUGAACUGAUACCUUUACUUUUUGUUGUGUUGUGUUGUGUUGUUUUGUUUUGUUUUUCCAGUCCCUACUUCUUUUUAAUGUAUGUGUAACUCAGAAAACCACUCAGGUAAAAGCCAAUAAUGAUUUUUUUCUCAAUGGUAUGAAAUAAAUUUCCAUUCUUAAGAA